UCCUCACGGCCCGGCCUCCCGGGCCGAUCCGGUGCAGCUCCCCGGCGCGGGCCCUGAGCUGCCGUAAACACCGCGGCUGGGGCGGGGAGCGCGGCCGAGGCCGCCCUCGGUGGGGCUGUCCCCCCACGGUGUUACUGCGGCUGUGGGGGUCGCCGCGGGGACGAUUCCCCCCCUCGGCAGCUCUUCGGCUCAACGGGGCGGGGAGAACAACAGGCCUCGAGUUGGUUUGUCGCGACAUCUUCGGAGAAAGCGCCGGUAGCCGCCUGGUUGUCGCUUCCCGCGUUGUGUGUGUGGCUCCUGGGGCUCCCAGCCAACAAGGAAUCCUCGGACCCGGAUCUGCAUCAUGGAAAAGCAAGUGCUCAAAUCCUCUGAGGAGCGAACAUUUCAGUACCAAGAUUCUCUGCCUUCCCUGCCCGUCCCUCCUCUUGAUGAAUCUUUAAGUAAAUACCUUGAUGCAGUGAAACCCUUUCUAAAUCAAGAAGAAUACCAGAGAACUGAGGAUAUAGUUAAAAAAUUUGGAAAUGGGAUUGGGAAAGAAUUGCAUCAGAAAUUACUGGAAAGAGCCAAAACAAGAAGGAAUUGGCUGGAGGACUGGUGGCUGAAUGUGUCUUAUCUUGAUCUUCGCAUAUCAACGCAAAUACACUGUAACAUGGCAGGCCCCGGUCCCUAUAUUGAACACUGCUGGCCACCAAAAGAGGGCACUCAGAUAGAAAGAGCAUCUGUAAAUAUAUGGCACACCCUGAAAUACUGGGAUCUAUUACGAACUGAGAAGGUGGCUAUAGAGAGAUCUGGGGACGCUAUUCUGGACAUGCACCAAUUCAGAAUGCUCUUCUGCACGUGCAGAAUUCCUGGAGUUACCAGAGACUCAAUCGGCAGUUAUUUUAAAACUGAGACUGAAGGUGAAUGCCCAUCUCAUUUAAUAGUCCUGUGUCGAGGUCGAGUGUUUGCAUUUGAUGCUAUCUACGAAGGCAGUAUGGUGACUCCUGCAGAGAUUUCCAGGCAACUUACGUAUAUCCAGAAAAGAUGCCAUAGUGAACCAGAUGGCCCAGGACUGGCAGCCUUAACAAGCAACGAAAGGACAAAAUGGGCAGAGUUACGUGAAUAUUUGAUUGCUCUUGAUCCAAAAAACUUAACUCUUCUGGAAAAAAUUCAGAGCAGCUUGUUUGCAGUCUGCCUGGAUGAUUCUAGUCCCCAUGCAACUCCUGAAGACUACAGCGAGGUUACAAGGCUGGCGCUCACAGGUGAUCCAACUGUACGCUGGGGAGAUAAAUCCUACAAUAGCGUAUUCUUUUCUAAUGGAACCUGUGGCUCAUUCUCUGAUCAUUCUCCUUUUGAUGCCAUGGCUUUAAUCACCAUGUUAGCUGUUGCUGAAAAGAAGAUUAUUGAAAAUGAGGGAAAAUGGAAGGGAUCAGACAAAGUGAGGGAUAUGCCAUGGCCAGAGGAACUUGUAUUCACAGUGGAUCAAAAAAUUAUAAAUGAAAUUGGACGUACUAAAGAAAUGUAUUAUAAAAAGGUAUCUGACUUGCAGCUAGUGAAUUAUGCCUUCACAUCAUUUGGCAAACAAUUGAUCAGGAAGAAGAAACUUCAUCCUGAUACAUUUGUGCAGCUCGCCCUUCAGUUGGCUUAUUACAAAUGCCAUGGACGUCCGGGCUGCUGUUACGAAACUGCCAUGACCAGGCGUUUCUAUCAUGGCCGCACAGAGACCAUAAGAUCGUGUACGAUGGAAGCAGUGGAGUGGUGCAAGUCCAUGCUGGAUCCUUCUGACAGUAAUUAUCAACGACUGCAGCUGAUGCAUAAAGCCUUUGCGAAGCACAAUAAAAUGAGGAAAGAAUGUGAGAAUGGAAAAGGCUUUGAUCGUCAUCUUCUGGGUCUCCUACUCAUAGCACAGGAGCAAGGACUGCCAGUGCCAGAACUUUAUAUGGACAAUGCCUUCACAACUAGUGGAGGAGGUGGGAAUUUUGUUCUUUCAACUAGUCUGACUGGCUACAGUAGGUUUAAUGGAUCUACCCUCCCUAUGGUACCUCAUGGCUAUGGCUUCUUUUAUGCAAUCAGAGAUGACAGGAUCGUUGCUACCUGUUCUUCUUGGAAAUCGUGUCCAGAGACCGAUGCAGAGGUGCUGUGCAGAACUGUGUUCCAGUGUUUUCAGGACAUGCUGCAUUUAACAGUUGUGGCUCAGCUGUAAGGUUGAUUACUCUGUAAAAGCCUUUGCAACUCACAAGUAAUACUUAGAAAUGAAAGGCUACGCAAGAGUACUGUUAUAGUCAAGACAUUUAAUGAUCUAUGUGAAGUCUACCUAUUAUUAUGGGAUUUACUGUGGUAAGAGUAUCAUAGCCAUUUGCAACAGCAAUGCAAGCAGUAGUACCUUAACUAUGUAGAACUAUGCAAUAUUAAAAUAUGCUUCAAAAAUGCAAACAUACUAGAGAGAUGGGGUGUUGGAAAUGGAGAGUUUAUGGGAGAUUUGCAUUUAUGAUCAUAGCAGUAACAUGUAGAAUACUUUCUAAAUGGUCUACUGAUACUGUUUACACCAGUGGAGCACUUAUCUGGGUACUUAAGAAUAACUACACUAUCCUUUUAGGUGAUUAUACUUCCUACUCGUAGAGGUUUAUGGAAUAGAAGGGCUGCCUCAGUCAGGCUGUAUGUUAUUUUAUAAAUGAUCUUUAAUUUUUGCUGUCAGGUUUAUACCCAAUAAAUGUUGUAUCUGUAAAUGGGGAUGAUUCCACUACAUUUGUAUUAGGAGGGGACCACAGUGUGAACUCUUGAAAACUGAGCUCUCAAUAAUAAAGGCAGAAAGCAGCAGGUGGUUUUCACGCUCCUCAAGAGUUUUUAUCUUUUAGUGAACUGUGAAUGUCUGCUGCUUUACACUAAUAAUACACAAUAAGCACUGAAUGCAGUUGGAUAUAAAUUUCAGAAUUUUAAGACUUGAAUCCUCUGUUUGAGCAGCUUUGUAUUUUCCUGUCAUAUAAAUAAAAUUAUUCUAAAAA